AUGAUUCACCUCAAUCCAAAGAAUCGUGUACCCAUUCUCGCCUUCACAUUUUAUGAACAAAAAGCUCCACGAAUUGAAGAGACGUUGAUUCAUCCCUCUGUCACGAACCACGACUAA